UCGGUUCAGUCUGUCGCAACUUUUUCCUCUCUUUUGUUUCUCAGAUUCUGAUGGACCCUCGGCAGCUCACCAAACCGGGCCAAAGCGGGUCCAAGGCAGGAUAGGAGUGGGUCCGAGCAGGAUAAGCGCGGUGCGGUUUUCCGCUGUGGAUCUGGACUCUGUUUGGAUCAGAACCGUAACAUGAAUCGGUAGGACUGACUUCUCGGAACUUUUUUUGCCGUCUCCAUGGAGAUGAGGGAUAUUCCCGCCAUCUAAGCAGUUGAUCACGUGGUGAUCAGGGAUCGAUAGGCUCAUUGAUCGUAUUGAUCGGGAUGGGCGCGCUCCCGUUGCUUUUGCUCGUGCUCUGGAUUUGCGAGCACGCCAGGAGCACGUUCCCGAUGCGCGCCUCCUACAGCCUGUACGCCGGCGGGAACGCGCACGCGCACGGAGCCCGAGCGGCCAGCAGACACAGGAACUGGUGUGCGUUCGUCCUCACGAAGACUGUGAGCUGCGUGGUGGAGGACGGCGUGGAGACCUACGUGAAGCCCGACUACCACCCGUGCAGCUGGGGCAGCACCCAGUGCAGCCGGGUCGUGGUCUACCGGACCUACAUGAGGCCACGCUACAAAGUGGCCUACAAAACCGUGACGGAGAUGGAGUGGAAGUGUUGCCAUGGUUACAGCGGAGAGGACUGCAGCAUCAGUCCGGCUGGCGGCGGAGCAGGAAGUCACACGUCCAAUGGAGCGGGGACAGGAAGUGGUUUUGGAAUCGGACAAAAUGGAGGACGACAGGACCGGGAGGAAAUCAAGAGGUUGGAGGAAAAGAUCCAGAGGCUGACGGACAAGCUGCAGGAUUUCCAGUCCACCAUGAAUGAACACCUCCACCACGAACCUGUCAGACCCGAAAAACCCGCAGAUGCUGCGCCACCCGAAAUCAAAGAGACGAUUCACAGCAUUCAGACCAAACUGGACCAGCUGGACAACCGAACCAAGGCUCAUGAUAAAACUCUGGUGAGCAUUAACAACCACCUGGUGAACGGGAAGGGCAACGAUCUGGACGGAGACGUUUCCCCUGGAGGAUUGAGUGGAGACCAGCUGAGCUCCCUGAAGGAGAGCAUCCUGAAGGAGCUGGAACGCCGAGUGCUGCUGUCCUGCUCCUCCUGUCAGGCCGGCGUGGAGGACCUGCGGCGCCAGCAGCAACAGGACCAGGAGAGGAUCCGCUCUCUGGAGAAGCAGCUGAACGAUGCCAACGUUCGCCACCGACAGGAUGCCGAAAGGCUUCGACUGGAGCUGCAGCGUUCCCAGAGAUGCUGCAGCUCCAUUGACGACCUACAAAACCGCAUGAGCGACGCCGAAAACAAGAUCAGCUCUGCCUCAGAGAGCUUCAACAUCCUGCUGGGCCGCCUGAGCCCCGGCAGCGACAGAGGAGAGUCCCAGGGAGGGGGAGGAGCUACUGGAGGGGUAACUACAGGCGGGGCAAUUGGAGGGGGAGGGGCUAGUGGAGGACGCAAUGGUUUGACCGAUGUUCGGGCAAAUCUCCUGAAGGACUUGGAGCUCAGCAUCAACAGCAGCGUUCUCCAGGUGUGCUCUCACCUGCAGGCUGACCUGAGGGAGUUUGUCCAGAGAGAGCUGGACGACCUGCGGACGGCGUUCUCACACCGCUUUGACGACCGCACCUUCAGGAUCGAAGACGUGGAGCUGGAGGUGCAACAGCUGCAGAGCAACCUGCUGGAGCAGGACAGGAGAGUGUCAGCGUUGGAGAACCAGACGGCCGAGACGAGGAAGAGGAUGGAGGAGUGCCACUGCUCGGGUGGGCGAGGGGCUUCUGAAGCAGGUGGAGGUAAAGGAGAAGAAAGAGGCGGAGACACGGGGGAAGGUUUCACCAGAUCGUAUGGAGGUGGAGCAGGAAGUGCUGGAUCAGUUGGAGGAACAGGUUUAUCUGGCGGGAGAGAAAACACGACCAAGAAAUCUCUGGAGUGGAGAGUUGUGGUGGGGGGUCAGAUUCGACACUUCAACACUCGACUGAAGGACCUGUCGGUGUCUGGAGACUCUCUGCAUGACCGGGUUCUGGACCUGAGCCACGACGUUCAGGCGAUCAAGUCACUGACCGGUGACAAUGGUGAGAACUUCAACCGCAUCGUGAUGGAGGUGGAGAUGCUGGGCCAGGACUGUGAGCUGUGCAGCCGCGUGGAGGCGGAGCUGCAGAACCUCCGGAACCGGUCCCAGGACCUGAGCGCCAUGCAGGAGGCGCUGCUGAACCUGGAGAGCCACGUCGGCACCAUCCAGACCCGGCUGGACUCCGAGGGCGGCGACUGCAGCCGGGUCUGCUUGCCGCUGCAGGACGACGUCCGCUCGCUGCGAGACGAGGUCCGGAGAUGCUCACAGCGCUGCGGAACCGGGACCGGGACCGACUCCUUCACAGGGGGCUUGGGGCCGGGCCUGGGCGCAGAGAAGCCUUUAGAUGGCCACAGCGUGAUCGGAGGAUCCUUCAACAGCAACCAGCUGAAGACGCUGCAGGGCGAGCUCGGCGACAUCAUCUUCACCUUCAGCUCCAUCAACGACACGCUGAAGGGCCUGGAGCACAGCGUGCAGAAACAUGGCAGCGUCAUCACCGACCUGGGAAACACCAAGGACAAGAUCAUCUCUGAGCUGGACAAGAUUCAGCAGGAAGUGACGGAGCACGUCCAGAGGAGCCAGGAGCGACUGGACCGGACGGACCGGGACGUCCGCCGCCUCGAAAGCAUGCUGGUGGCGGAGAUGGGCGACUGCCGGCGCUCUGGAGACGGGCUGGAGAAGAGGCUGUCCAAGCUGGAGGGAGUCUGCGCCAGGCUGGACGGCGUCUCCGACUCCAUCUCCAAGGUCAAAGAAGGCCUGAAUCGCCACAUGUCGGGUUUGUGGAGCCACGUCUCCGGCCUGAACCAGACCCUCAUCCAACAUGGAGGAAUCCUGGACUCUGUUCAAAAGAACCAGGAGCGGGUCCAGAGCAGGGUGAAGAGCCUGAACUCCAGCCUGGCCCAGGUCCAGAAAGGGCUGCAGACUGGGCAGACUGGGCAGACUGGCCUUCCAGGGCCUCCAGGAGAGAAAGGCCUGAUGGGGCUGCCGGGCCCCCGGGGGCCCCCUGGACCUCCUGGGCUGAAAGGAGACACCGGAUCCCGAGGAUUUCCAGGUCCUAAAGGUGAACCAGGUCUUCCAGGUGUGGACGCUCACAGGCCCAGGCUGUCAUUCUCUGCAGGCCUCACUGCUCUGAAGGAAACGACAGGAACUGUCGUCUUUAACAAGGUCUUUGUCAACGAGGGCAACUUCUACAACCCGGUGACAGGUGUUUUCACCGCCCCGUUGGACGGACACUACUACUUCAGCGCCGUCCUGACGGGACACAAGAACGAGAAGAUCGAAGCGGUUCUGGCCAAGUCCAACUAUAGCGUGGUCCGGGUGGACUCGGGGGGCUACCAGCCCGAAGACCUGGAGGCCAAGCCGGUGGCCGAGUCAAAGGUCAGCAGCGGCUCGCUGGCCGUGUUCAGCCUGGUGCUGCCGCUGCAGCGCGGCGACACGGUGUGUGUGGACCUGGUGAGGGGGAGGCUGCCCCACUCCCUGGAGCCGCUCACCGUCUUCAACGGCAUGCUGCUGUAUGAAAACUUAUGAACCUGGUGAGUCAGAGACCAGCCAGAGCCGACCGAUCCGAUCUGCUCAAACCGUGGAGGAGGCUGAAAUAUUUCCCAUGAUCCUCCCUGCUCGACUCAGCAGGAAGGAUUUUAACUCUGCCUGUGUUCUGUCCAAUCAGCAGAGACCUUACCUGGUCACAUGACCCAAACUCCUCUGGAGCCAGAACGUUACAGUAAUGUUCUGCAUUAACGUCCAGAUGUUUGACCACAAGGUGGCGCUGCGGAUCCGUACCUGGACUGAGGAUCUGAUUUAUGUCUGAUAAAAUGUUUGGAUGUUUUAUGGAAUGAUGUUGAUGCACUGCUGCGUCCAAUCAGUUGACCUCCUCCGACCUCUAACCCAUGCUGUUACCAUGACAACCAUUAAGGCCACAGCCUACACACACAAUAUCCAGCUUAUUAACGCUGAUGAAAGCAAACCUCAGUGGUGGGCACCGCUAGCUGAAAGGUUAGCAGCGCUAACCCUAAAACACUAACCGUAAACAUUAGUGUUGCUAACGCUAACACGCUACACCAACAUGAUAAUUGGUGAAAGCUAAUGCUAAGCACUAAUUUCAACCCUGACUGCACCCAUCGUGUCAAUGACACUUCCUUCUUGCUCAAUAAGUUUCUUUAAAAUAAAAAGAAAAUGUGAGGAGAGGAAACUGAGCUGCAGACUUCAAAAUAAGAGCAUGAGUAUAAGCGUCUAACUACCAGAAAAAUUCAGGAGCCGAAAAACUUCAACUUAAAUGCCAAACUUUAUUCAAGUAAAUUAGGCCUUUAGAAUUUAUAUGAAAAAUUUAUUUCGGGGAAGCUAAGCUCUUUCAAAGUUAGAAAAAAGCUAAAGCACUAUACAAAAAAUUAAGUAUUAGUGCAAUAGCAAGCUAGCACUACUAUGAUCAUAAACAUAAGAAAAAACAAAACAAUUUCAGGUCUAUAGUUGCUGCUCAGUGUGUUUUGUUAAAAAUGGCCACCAGGUUCUGCUGUGUCAGGUCGGGACAUCUGAUACAAAAUCACAGUCUUGUUAGUUUUUAUGACACAUUAUUCACUGAAUAAAAUAAUAAUACUCUGUGAACGCCACCAAGUGGUCAGGUGAAUUUUAGCCAAAUUAAUCAUAAACAAGGUCCUGCUACAGUUCACUUUUAGUUUAAAAAGCAUCCAGCAUGCUGAGGUGAGUGAAGAAUCAUUUCCACUCAAGUUAUCGCUGGCUUAUUGCUGCAGUGUUUGCCUAGCAGCUUUACUGCACAUGUGCAGUAAACAUGGUGUGUGUCAGGUUAGCUUGAGCAGCAGCAAAGGGAAACAAACUUCGCUCGUCCUGCUGGAGGUUCAACAUGUCCGAUAACAUUCCAGACUCAUUUCCCUUUCAGAAAAGAACACUAACGCUCUAUAUCAACAGAGAGUUUAGCAGAUGCUAAUGCUAAAUUGCUCAAUUCAAUGUUGAUUCCAUGUGGCAAAGAUAAUGCUAAACAUUUGCUAAAGUGUUAAGAAAAUUAGCGUAUUAGCAGAGUUCAGAAAUGUUCUGGAGAUGUUAUGAAGACAAAUGAAGCGCUUGUGAUCUGGGACCAGACCGGACCGGACCAGGCAGACAAAGUAACCAUGACGAAGACCACAGGAAGUCUUCAUCACCGGCAAAGAAUUAAGAGAUUGCUCAAAGUUGCUCCGUAUUCGAUGUUUCCCCCUCCCAGGCUUCUUCUGGUUAGCAGAAGAUGAGUAAAUGCAGAGAGAAGUUUUCUUCUCCAGGACGUCGCUAUGUGGAAAAGUUAUCACACCCCUAGAUAAAUCCUGUAUCUGAUUUGAUUAACCAUCAAUCAAUCAUCAUGCUGGAAAACCCUGCGUCUGAAUUAAAUCAAUUCAGGGCAGCAGAUGGGGUCAAAGUUCACAUUCAGUAGUGCUGCUGCAGCAGCAGGAGGAACAACCGGGUCUCAGGUUGGGGUUUGAAUACUUUCUCACAGUAAGUGUGAAAUCACUGCAGCUUCUGUUUAGGUUUUAAAUGUAAUUUAUAAUCUAAAUCUUUACAUAAUUGGUUAAAUACAGAAGAACGAAGCCAGAAUAUAAUAAAACCAGAAAUACGUUCAGAUCAGGACAGUUGAGUUUAUUAUUCCAGCUGAUUGUUUUUCUACCUGAGGAAACUAAGCAUGUGCCGACAGUGGAGAGGAAAACAGGAGGAAAUGUUCCAGUAUAACUUCCUAUAGUUAAUAUAAAGUCUUAUAUUUGAAUAACUUGUGAACUUAUAGUUUACUCAACACAGCAUCGUUUUAACUAUUAUUAAAUAUCAAAUGGCUUUCCAUAGAGUACUACAACAUUGACCUGCUGCCUGACGUAGAGCUGCAGCAGCUAGAUGAGCAGCUUUCUGCUGUUGGGACAGACGUGAAGCAUGUAGAGACAUUUAAGCUGUGACCGGAUGAUGAAGACAUAUCAUCAUCAUCAUCACAAACUGUUGAUGCUUCCUGAACUUCCUGAAGGACAGUUUUUCACGACUCGGCUGGAAGUGAUGUUUGCUUUCUGGAGAAAUGUAAAAAUGUUUGACCUUCACAUUUAAAAACUUCUUGAUGCUCUAUGAUGCAGAAUUGGACCUGAACCGACACCAGUUUCUUCACUCAGGAUUGUACAGUUGAACAUGUUCUGAGUUCAUUUCUGGCUUCUGUAGCAACAAAUCUCUAAAGCUAAAAUGUUUCUGACAAAUGUUGUUAGAAGCCUUAUUAAAUCAAUGAUUAACUGUU